UUUAAUAUAAAUCUUAGAGCUGAAGACCACCAAGGAGAUCAUCUCAAAGAUAGACUCGGGUGUGGCGAAGAAGUCUUCCGUCCUGACGAUGAUCAAGUCCCGCCAACCGAGUACACUAUCGCGGACAUCCAGCAGGCAAAGUAGCGUGAACCUUUUGGACCGGAGAGCGUCCAGCACCAGUGCCAACAAACCACGACCGGCAACUUCGUUCAUAUCGACUCGGGUAUCGCAAUCGUCCAAUCCGAACAUCGCCGUUGACGACAAGCUUCAGCUGAGCGUCCACCAAUUGGGUAAGCUGCCGGCCUAUCUGCGCAACAGGCGUCCGGCGUCGGCGAUCGGUAAGCUAGAACGGAGUGAAUCCUCCACCAGUCGAAAGUUGGACAAACCGAAGGAGGAACCGUUUCGGUUCAGCCCGGUUUAUGCCGUAGCGAAAGACCUGCUGGAAGGACCGGGUAAAGUUUCUGCGAAGCCAUACAAGGAGCCAGAUGCGAAUCUUGAUGAUUCGGGAAUACAGCUCUGUGGUCCUCCGUGUGAGGGACAAGGUUCCGGAGAUGCGGCUCUCCAAGAAGCGGUUCUAUUGGCAAGGGACCUUGACUUGAAGGAAUUGGUAGGGAAGACCCGUCAGCUGAGCGAUGCAUGCGAUCGCAAACAGGAAAGGAUCGUGCAGCUGGAGGCGGAAGUAGCUGCCCAGGGUAGGGCGGUUCAGGAACGGGAUGAAGAUAUUCAAAAGAUGAAAAGCGCCAUGAACAAGAUAAAAUCGCUAUCGAACAAUCGAGACACGGUCGCCCGGGAAGGCCUAUCGGAGCUGGAGCAGAGGCUUGACGGCUUACAGAAGGAACUAACCCUAAAGUGUAACGAUCUGAAUCGGUUCAAAGAUAAAAACUCCAAACUAAAGCAAAAACUAGCGGAAGCUAAGGCAACGGUUGAAGAACGAGACAACAGAAUAUUUGAACUGCUGGAGAAGGACGCUGCGCGAGUGGAGGAAAUCAAGGCAAUCAAAGAGCUCCGCGAGGAAUUAAAGCAACAACUGUCCACGCUACAAAACGAACUAUCUGCGAAGGACUCCCUAAUAGCCGAUCUCCGGUCCCAGGACCCCGUCAAGAUCGCCCAAACGGAACUGGAGGCCUAUCGGGUGGAAGUGGCGUCUCUGCAGCAGGAAGUCGAACAGCUUCGCUUCGAGAACCGAACGCUCAUCAGUGUGAAAAAGCAGGACGAUGUCAUACUCCAGAUCCGCACCAAGUUGCUCGAGAACAUUGAAAGAAACCGGGAUGCCUUUAGGGCCCAAUGCGAACGGAUGUGCCACAGUUGCAUCGAAGGAGACCGAGAGAAUGGUUGUUCCGGGCAAACAAUUUCACGGUCGCUGGAUGUUAUUUUCGAAGCUUUGGCUGAAAAUCAGUGGCAGCGCUAUGAGGGAGAUCAAAUUUUCAGUGAAGCGGACGAUGAAUGGAAUGGCAACGGGUUGAGCGACCAGCUACAGAAUAUGACAAAGGUUCUUGCAAAGGAAAACCAAGAAAUGCUAGAUUCUGUGAGGUUUAAAUGUGGUGAAGAAUUUCUGAACCAGAAACGUGAAAUUACUGUUGAAAACAGUAAGAGUGAUGACGUCGACCAAAUAAAUCCCGAGGAAACGAGAGAACAACACCAAGGAAGCAACAAACAUGACAACAGCGAAGAACAAAUUACGAGCAGGACUAUUUAUGAUAAUCAAAUUUCAUGUGAUGAGCCGCAGAAUAUGAGAUAAGUGGUGAGAUUAUAUUUUUCAUGGAAUAGUUAUCGGAAAACGCAUCUUAUUUUUUAUGAAUUGUGAAUGCCCUUUAAAUAUAUAAUGGAAGCAAAGUUU